AUGACUAGAGUACUCCCCCUUCCCCAGUGGCGCCAGCUCCUGACCAUGGACGAGGAGAUUUUCCAUGAGCUAUGUGUGGAGUUCUACUCCACCUUCUCCCACAUCGUCCCGACCAGCAAGAAGAGCCGGCCUCAGGUGGAGUUUAUUCUGGGCAGUCAGCUGCGAGUGCUGACCUAUGAUGGCUUCGCUCAGGCCAUGGGACUCGACACUGCUCACAAGACGAUGACGGAGUGGUAG